AUGCCUACUAGACAAACGCCAACCAAAAGAAACCUUAACGAAGGUAGGAAGCUCUCCCCGAGGGUUCAAAGAAGAGAAUCAAAUCCUCGUCAUAAUAGCAAAAUUACUGGAGAUAUGGAUUCAGCUGAUAAAGUUAUUUUCUCUUUGGAAACAGAACAUGAUGAAAUCGAAUUUGUGGCUGGUAGCUCGGUGCAAGCAAAUCCUAUUGAAAAAGCACCUUCAUCAACACCUACUAAUACCAUUCUUGGCACGGAUAGCACUUGGUCAGAUAAAGAACCAAUCUGUUCUGAGGAUAAUCAAAGCAACCUCAAUGGUUCACAAGUCAAUAAACGUGACCUCGAUUACUUCAAACCGGAGAGUCAAAUUUCUUCAGAGGAAUUCGACAAUUACCGACGAAUAGCAAAUAAGCUAUGGAAUAGGAACAUUGAUGCUCCGUCCAUAAACACCGUUCAAUUACAACUACGAGAUAAAGAGGUAAAUAAUUCAUUUGAUGAUGAAUCUAGCGAUUCAAAUACCAAUAGCGUGCUGGAUAACGACCCUGUGAACAAUGAUGAUGAAUAUUCGUCAGAUAGUUCUUUUGGUUCAGCAGAGUUAACAUAUAAUUCGAAAAUAAUAUUCAAUCAAUGCGUCAAUGGUGAUCUUUUAUAUUGGACAAAUCCGGAUGGUUCGGCUAAUCCUUUACCAAUUCCAGCUAUUCUUCCCAUGCAAUUUAAAUAUGGAGAAAAUAUAGUAAUCGACGUCAUUAAUGAAGACAGCCGAGCAUAUCCGGAAGAUAUCAAAGUUACGAAUUUCCUCGAAAAUCUUAUCAAAGCGCCCAGGAGAACUUGGUUAAAGAAAUUCUCUGACGAGUCAAAUUCAAUAUUCAGAAGUUACAAUGGUUUAAAAUGGCAAACGAUUGAGAUCAUAUUCAUAAUUAUGUCAUCACACGCAGUACUUCGCAGAUCAGAUAUCCGAAAUUCAGAAGAGAUUAAGAAAAUAAUGGACGCUUUUCAUCACUGUACAUGGUCCGGCAAGACUAUCGGUUAUUUACGGUCUUAUGUGAACUCAUUGGACCAAAUAUUAGAUCUUGUUAAUACCUUUGAUGCAAUAUGUAAAUACAAAACCUGUUAUGGAGCUCGCUUGCCUGUCAGUGAGAUCGAACGGCAAUUCUAUAGUGUCACUCGAAAUAUGAAAGAUAAUGAGAAUAUGUACGAAAGAACAAAAAUACAAGGAAUAGCCCAAAGGAUCAGAUUGUACCAACAAACCUCUGGAUCAUUGGAACCUUACUACGCAAGAUCAAGCAAUUUCCAACCAAUAAUUCCACAAUGGGCCAAACAUAUACGAAAAAACAAAAAAGAUUUGUCUUUGGUUCCAACGAUUGAUGAGAUCUUGGGUAAAAAUGUUCAGAAUAAAAAUGACCAGAAUAAAAAUGAUUUUCCAGAUCUAGAAGAUAUUAUAUGGUCGUCAGAAAUGAGCGACAUUUACAAAUACAUUCAUUACUGUGUAUUAAGACGACAAUAUUUGGAACCCUUGCAACAUGUAAUCUCAAUUUGGCUGCAAUCUUUCAAUAUUGAAGCUCAUAAAUUCAAAAUGGGCAAUAUUAACGAAGUAUUCUUUAAAGAUGUUAGGUUUGACAACGCGCGUGUACACAAAAGUGGACAAUUAAUUAUAAGGCUAAAACUACAUCCAAAUAAUCAAAUAGACUGGACUCGCGGAGAAAAUUUAUUACCAGGAUCAUUCGUCAUCCUCACAAAGAUCACAAAACUAAAGUUCCCUGAAGAAACUUACUUCCCAGUUAACAAAAAGUCUACAGUCUAUGGGACAAUACUAGAGUUUGAUGUCAAAGAUACAACGCUAACUAAUAGUCUAUUAAUUGGACUUCACUUAGAUCCAGAACAGUUAGCCAUCUUCGAUAUAAGCUCUUCGUAUGUUAUGUUUGCAUCCAAUCAUUACUAUCCAAUCAUUAAAUCGAGCUUGGAGUGGAUGAAAGACGAAACACCCAUUACGAAUUUAAUUCCUUUGGGCCAAGAUAUUUUGAAAUGCUCUAAAACAAGCUCUCCGCCGCCUUACUUAACCGAUGCGAAGAUAAAUCUGCAUCAGAUUCUGAAAAAGGGGGUAAAGGUUCCAAAAGUCUCGGCUACAGGUAGCUGGCCACCAUAUUCAGACACAACGAAUUCUUCUUAUAAUGUAGAUUUUACAGAAUGGAAUGCAUUAAAACAUUUAUUUCUGAAUAAAAUUUCAGUCACCAUCACGCCAAUUGGAACUCCUCAAGAAGAAUUUGUUAUCAAUGUCAUAGAGAUGAUAAGUCAAAUAAUCAAAGAUCGAUCCUUUCAUGAGCCAAUCAUACUUAUCACUCAAAGCAUGCAAUCAUUGGAUCAAAUUCUUGACAAGGUUAUCACAUUCAUCCCCGACUUGAUUAGAUGCGGACCAUCAAAUAAAUGUCUUGAGAGCUUAAGACAUCGUCAGAUCAACACUUUGUUGGAGCAAUAUUCCCCAAAGAGUACCAAACAUAACAAAUCCUUUUUCUAUGUCAAAUCUCAACUCAAGAAAUUCGAAAGUGAUCUGGAAAAUUUACUAAAUGAACGGACGAGACUUUUAGGAAACGAUGCUUUUGUCAAAAAUGCUCCUGAAGAUGUACGCAAACAAUUACUAGUGGAUCAAAAUAAUUUAUUGCGAGGGUGGCUUAACGGAUAUGAAAAAGAACAAUCGUUGGCAAUUCUAGACGAAUUUCAAGAUUCUUUGGACGAUCCUUCGGUAAUUAACAAUAUACCUAACAUCGAAGAGCGAGUAUUUCAUGGAAUGGAGUUUAUCAAUGAUGAAGAGCGCGAUAAUUUCCGUUUAUGGACGCGGAGUAGUCAAAGUUCUUCACAGUCUUGCCCCCAAUAUUAUAUAAAUAAAAUCGCGCAAAUAUGGGAAAAUAAUCUGCCUGCACCUAAAGACAUUUGGAAUCUACCGAGAAAAUUAAGGCAGAGCAUAUACCAGGCAUAUGAAGAAGUAUGUGCCAAUUAUUUGAGUAGUGAAAUAAAAAAGAUACUCAAAGAGAUUGCAGGUUUACAAAAAAAUAUCGAAGAAAUCAAUAACUUUCGAUGGCUUGGAACUUGUAGAUAUUCGCCUCUGGUUGGAAUGACAGUUGCGUAUGCAUCAAAGCACUAUAACCUCCUUAAUGAACUUCAGUCACGAGUAAUUAUUGUCAAUGAAGCUUCAGAAAUAUCUGAAGCCACAUUAAUGCCUUGCAUUUCGUCGCCCAAUUUACAGCAUCUUGUUCUUAUUGGAGACUAUUUUUGUCAUAAAUCUGAACUAAGAACAACAACGGAUAAGAACAAUAUUUCCUUAUUAGAAAGAUGGAUUUUACAAGGGGCUCCGCACCAAAUUAUUUCGCGACAAUCUAAAAUUCAUCCCAGCAUAUAUAGUAUUGUACGCGACCUGUACAAAUUCUCAAGUCCACUUAAUUUUCAAUUGACAAUUGAGGAUAUUCCUGAGAUACAAGAUCUUACCCAUGUACCUGGAAUGGAUUCAAACGUGCACUUUCUUACUCAUGACGAAUUUGACGAAACCAGUGAACCACUGAACAUGACCAAUACUUAUGAAGCAGAAUUCGUCGCUCGUUUUUUGUUAUACUUAUCCCAUCAAGAAAUUCAUCUUUGUGACAAUAUUACAAUACUAACACCAUAUUCAGCACAAAAGCAGUUAAUAUGGAGUAAAUUAGAUCCGUCACUCAAGGAAGAUUUCGAAUAUGGUGACUUGAAAUUUAGAAAAGCUAAAAUAUCCACAAUUGAUGAGUUUGAGGAGAGGCAAGCUCGGAUUGUUAUAGUUUCACUUGCUACACCAUCUCCUAAAUUCAGAAAGGAAUGGUCAGAUUUCUUGUGUGUAGGUUCACGCGUAAAACGUAUCAUGUCUUCUGCCAAAAACGGGCUGUAUAUCUUCGGUAAUGGCAACGCUUUAAUGGAAAGUAAGCUUUGGAAAAUUGUUAUUCAAAGUCUUCAAACUAAAGGAAAUUACGGCCAAUUUCUGCGUACUACUUGUACACGUCAUCCAAAUUACUCGUCAGAAAUUAUGUCAGCUACAGAUUUUGACAAACAUGUGCCAGAUGGUGGUUGUCUCCUGCCUUGCCCAUAUGUACUCGCAUGUGGACAUUCAAAUUGUCCACUUAAAUGCCAUCCCAUCCACCACGCGAUGGAAUAUCGCCAAAAGUAUAUAUGCAGAGAACAAUGCGAACGAGAUCGACCAGACGGUUGCUCUCAUAAAUGUUCGCGUAAAUGUCACUCAUGCAAAGAAAACCGGGAAUGUCCACCUUGCAGAGCUUUAAUUAGUUUAGAAUUACCUUGUGGGCAUUCAAAAGAUAUGCCAUGUGGAGAGCAACCAGAAAAUAUUGAACAAGUAAUAUGCAAUGUAAAAGUAGAACUCACUAGAAGAUGUGGGCAUACCGCGACGACACUAUGUCACAUAAAAACUCACGGUGAUCCAGAACUGGGACUCUUUCCGUGUCAGAAAAUAUUACAAUAUAAAGUUCCAACAUGCGGUCAUGAGUUUGAAACAUUUUGUUCGCAAUUUAAUGAGGAUAAAAGUCAUAAUUGCAUAUAUAUGUGUGAUGUAAAAUUACCUUGUGGCCACAGUUGCGACAAAUUAUGUGGAACAGAACACACACAUAAUCGUGAAGAUUGCUCUUUCUCAUGUCCUAGACAGUUAAUAUGCGGACACAAUUGUACCAAUGGAUGCAAGAAUCCCGAGGAACAUACGACAGAAUGCCAAGAACCCUGUCGAAAAAUAUGUACCCAUGGAAAACUCUGUUUCUGCAAGUGCUACGAAGAAUGCAUCUUUUGUCGUUCACCUUGUCAAUGGCGAUGCGAGCAUAUACAAUGCACAAAAAGAUGUGACGAUGUAUGUGAUCGGCCUCCAUGCAAUGAGCCAUGCCCGAAAAAGCUUUCUUGCGGUCAUCCUUGCAAAGGACUAUGUGGAGAACAAUGUCCUCCUUGCAUUCAAUGUAAUCCUGAUUUAGUAUGUUCGAUUAAUGAAACUUCUCUAAGUGGCGAAGAUGUCAAAAUAUAUCAAAUCCCAGAUUGCGGAUGUGAUGGACAUGUUGCUAUAAAACUAUGGCGAUGUCCCCAUUGCCUUGAGCAAAUACUUAGGGCUCCAAGAUACUAUCCGUAUAUCAAACGGCAACUUAAUUUAUGGAAUAAAGUAAAGCUUGAACUGAUUAAAAAGAGAAAGAAAGAACGAGAAGAAGCAGCACUACGGCGAAUAGAAGCUCUUCGUGAAAAACAAGAAAUACAGCAAGCAAUGGAUGCAGAGACUAGGCAAGAAGCUCCAUGGAGUCUUGUAGGCGGUCGAUGGUUUGCCUGCUCAAAUGGCCACCCAUAUUACAUCGGUAGCUGUGGCGGUGCAAUGGAAAUCUCAACAUGUCCCGAGUGUAAGCAAAACACAAAUUGGCGGAACCAAGCAUAA